UAGGAGAGGUAGGAGGGUACUAGCAGCGGAGAUUUGAAACCCACCGGAGGCGGAGGGUUUGUUUUUGAAUCGAUAGAUGACAGCAAACUCUCGCACAGCCUCACUCAUCGACACCAGCGCUGAUGACUCUGAGAUGGGACUUAAACAUUGGCUCGUCGGCAGCGCUGCACAACGACACGGAGUCAGCUUCAUGUUACACAUAUCUUGCUUUCGAUGACCUGCAGCGUGCUCUUCGGACUGUUUGACUUAAACGGCCAUUGAUUGAAGAUGACCAACACUGUCUGCUGCCACUCACAGGCUAGAGGAAGCUGACUGGCAGUCCUGAUAUUUCCAUCCGGACCUGGUGAUAUGAGAGGCCUCAGGAGACGCUGAUGGAGCUCCAGGAGUUGGGCUGGCUGUGUCUGGUGGCUCUCUUCCUUGCCUCCUUGCUCAUUGUGCUGGGAUGGCUGCUCCAGUAUUUGCUGACCGUGCUGCGGCUCUGGAGAGCCAGGAGGGCGGCCAAGCAGGAUGGAGAGAAGAAGAAGAAGCCCCUCCUGAGCCAUGCUGGAGGUGUGUGGAGCUUCCUGCAGAAGCUCCGCUUAGGCCGGGAUGGGGGUCCUGCAUCUGAGGCUGGGGUCAAAGGCUUGUUGACCUCUUUGUUCUCCUUCAAGUCCUUCAGGGAGCACUUCCAGAGGAGCUGGGUCAAAGCUCUGAAUGAGCAGGCCUGCAGGCACGGGAGCUCCAUCCAGAUCACUUUUGACAGCAGUCUCCAGCUAACUGCUGCCUCUGCCAUAGAUAGUGUGACCUGCACGGACCAAUCAGCACACAGAAUGGUGUUACACUGUAAAUGUUGGGUGGACACGGUGACAUUUCCUGUAACCGUCACCCAGCAGUCACACGCUGCUGUUUCCAUGGACACCUAUCAGAUCACUAUUGCACCUACAGUGGCCAAGGUGGUUGUGUUUCUGGAGGAGAUGGCUGAUGAGGGUCUUCUGAUGUCCUGGACUCUCUCUAAGCAGCCAUCAUUUUCUUUGAGCGUGUCUCCUUGCAAGCUGCAGAGACAGGGCACUGAUGGUGAUGCAGACCUGGACACCAUUAAGGGGCUGAUUGAGGACACGCUGUUCAGCACUCAGCCAGCGAUGGUCCUCAACCUUAAAACAUGCGUGUCCACUCCUUUGGCCCCCAUGGACCAUCUGUCUCUGGGAUUAAACUCUGCACCCCAGAGCGUCCUGGUGAGACGACUCCUGCUCCGGCAGCUCAGGGCGACCUUAAGUAAAGGUCAUUGGUCGAGAUCAGGGGAGCUGUGCUGUGUCCUGAACCUGGACCAACCCUCCACAGAGAGGUCAACGCGCUUCCUGUCUGUACCCAGCAACCCCAGCGCCCCGCUGGAGUGGAGUGAAGAGAUCUCAGUGGAACUGGGCCAGGAGACCAAAGAGUUGAGAGUCAGACUUCUGGAGCGAAAUGGCAAACGGGAACAGUUCCUGCCUGGCCAUGCCUCCAUCACAUUGGACCUCCGCUGCAAGAACCCCACUGGUCAGCACACGCUGUCAAUCAGCCCCGGCCACGGCCUGGCUCCACACGCUACAGUCACAGCAGAGCUGCUGUAUGUUGAAACAGAAGAGCCUCGCAGCACCCACAAUGCUUUGCCCCUCCGUUCCUCUCUCACCCCCACAAAAAAGGUGGACGUGGACCGAACCAUCAUGCCGGAUGGAACCAUCGUCACCACAGUGACCACCGUCCAGUCUCGACUCAAACUGGAGCGCAGCCCAGGUGAGUCCCCUCUGCGUUCGCCGUCCAAAGUGGAGGUGACGGAGAAGAAACCCACAGUCCUGUCAGAAGCCAAAGGCAGCCCCAACCCCAGCAAGAGCAGCCGCCUCUCUAAUGGCCUGGAUCCCGUUGCAGAGACGGCCAUUCGGCAGCUGACGGAGUCCGCGUCCAAAGCAGCUCGAAAGACUCCGACUAAAAGGAGCACGCUGAUCAUCUCCGGGGUUUCCAAGGUUCCACUCUCAGAAGAUGACUGUGCGCUCUCCAGCGGCUACGCUGCAGCCAUGGACGCAGCCAUGCAUGGCAACCACCAUGGUGCCAGGCAUUACCAGGACCCAGAAGAAACCACGCCCUCUGACGUGUCUGAGCGUCCGUCUGUGGACGAUGUGGAGUCUGACACUGGUUCCACUGGUGCCUUGGAAACCCGCAGCCUAAAGGACCACAAAGUGAGCUUUCUGCAGAGUGGGACAAAGCUGUUGUUCCGCAGAAGACAUCGAGAGAAGGAGUCCUGCCUCAGCCAGUCACAUGAAGACAUCUCCAACAUGGGCAAUAACUUUGCAGCCGCAUCAACAAGCAGCCGCAAAAAGUCUGGCAGCUUCUCCCGACGCCUCAUCAAACGCUUCUCCUUCCGUUCAUCAGGAAAGUCAAAAGGCAAAGCCCCGGCAACAAACGGAGGUGCAAGCUCGCUGGAUAAAUGAUAAAGAGGACUCCACAUAACUAAAAAGCUUCUGUUUUCACAGUACAAAGAACAACUUAAGAAGGCAGAAAUGCAGUCUUUAAUAAGGUGACACCCCAGGUGGGUCGUCAAAUGCUGAAAAGAGAGCACCUCGAGGAGCGCUUUCCUGUGGAGAGACAGGCGACAUGUUUUAUCACAUAAAUGGAGUUGAGUGGGAAAAAUAAACUUUAAUUUGAAAGGAAAUCUGCUGCACAGUCAGUGGAAGGUGACAGAUGCAAAGAGAUAUCUGGUGCACAGCUGGAACAAAUAAGGAGGCAUAUUUUACCAUGAAUGCUGGAGAUGCUCUGACUUUAUUUAACGACAUAAAAUGCCAGUAAGAUGCUUCUGGUUGCACUUUGGACUUUAAAUUUUUUUUUAAACAGCACAUGUAAAAUUCCUGAGGUGUAUAAAGUUAAUUUAUUAUUAUAUGGAUCUCAUGAAAUAAGUGCUAUUUAUUUUACCGUCCCAAAAAAAGAAGUCAUCAGAGUUGCAUUGCACUGUAAAAUACACAUUGUUGUGCGUUUUUUUUCCAUGCAAAUGUAAUUUAAAGCAAAAAUCUAUCUGUAAUGUCCAUUCUUACUUGCUUAAACAUUGGUUUUGUCAAUGGUGUACCUUAUAUAAGAAGAUAAUAAUACAUUUACUGUACUUUUUAUUUUAUAAAAGUACUAUCUGUGGAAAUUCAUGAUGCAUUUUAGUUUACUUUUUAAACUACCAGGAUAUUUAUCUAACUAAGCAGGGCAAUAUGUUUCGAGUUUUUGAAAUUCUAAAAAUUUCUUUUAGCUACAAAGACAAUAUUUUACUUCUUUACCUGUGGCUUCUGUCAAUUUAUAAAGAUUUCAAUCAUGCUCAUAUGGAUUUUCAUCAUUGCAAUAACAGUCAUUACCUUGCAGUACUAUUGCAUAUAUUGUGAACAAUGCCUUGCAGGGUUGCAAGCUUUUAUUUGCUGGAAAUGCUGAGCUUUUAAUCAUAAACUAAUCAAUGCAAAUUCUAUUAUGUAUUUACAUUUAGGACCAUCAUCAUGCUGUAUAUCUCUUUAAUUGAUACAAGUCUUACUUGAGGGGCAGUAGAGUAGUUAUGCAGUUGGAAAAUAACGCCAAAGGAGGUGCUUUUCUGACUAGGAAAAAUGAACAGAAAUGUUUAUGACAAGGCAAUGACAGGCGAUGAAAUGAAGACAUACUCAGGGCUAGAAAUGACACAGAAACUAGCAGCUUAAGUUCAGAAGAAACCUGCAGCACCCUUCAAAAAACCCAGAACCUGUAUGUUAAAAUGUACAAACUUUUAGGCAUUUCUGUAAUGCAGAAAAAAUAAACCUGCAUUUAUUGUUGGUUUUAAAAAACAAAUGACCUUAAUUAAAUUAUCAUAUUCAUUUGUAUUGAUAAAGGGAUGGCUAUUUAAAGGGAUCACAGGUUGAGCCGUUGCUAUCAAAGAACUCAAGGCUGUAAAGUUUCAUGUGCUUUAAAACCUGCAACCGUUUCAAAAUGCUGACAAAAAGAACAAAGCCACUACAUUGUCUGAAGACACAAUAAAUACUGUCUAUGGCCGCAUUGUGAAACAGAGGACGGCUGCAGAAUUUGAGAAAUGUGUGAUAUCUGUUAUAUUUGAAAUGUAUCAUUUAUUGCAAAUAAAUUAUUUUUGGA